CUCCCCACUGUUUCCGGUCCGGCUCACCUAGGUACUCAGGAACCUGGGUUCGGGCCCGCCGUCUAGUGUCAGUGGAGUCAGGUUCUUACGCGGCCGGACCCGCGCCUGUGCAGACAGUGGGCAUCAUCAUCAUGGCAGCGCCCGCGGCUGGCCAGGGAUGCUGGAGUGAAAAUAUCCUGCACUAUUUCCUGAGAAAUCGUCAGAUUGCCACGGAGGACGGCGCGGAGAUUAUCUGGUACCACGGCGCCAAUCACCAGGCGCAGAUGGAGGAGGCGCUGAGAAGUGCUGCUCACAUGGUGGAGGCAGACGUGCUGCUCUCAAGCACUGGCACGGAAUGCAGCCAGCCGGUCAUGGCACACCCCCCGGAUACCCACAGCGACAACACUCUGCAGGCCUGGCUGGCCGCACUGGUGCCUAGCAGCAAAGGCAUCAAGCUGGACUUUAAGAGCCUGGCUGCAGUAGAGCCCGCCAUGACCCUCUUGGACACGGUGAGAGGUGGCCUGCGGCGGCCCGUGUGGAUCAACGCCGACAUCCUCCCUGGUCCUGGUGGAAGCAGCAAUGUCGUGGACGCAAAGGCCUUUAUAGACUCCGUGACAUCGGUCUUCCCAGCAGUGACGCUGUCCCUGGGCUGGACAACAGGCUGGCAUCCCGAGAAGGUCAAUGAAGGGUACAGCUGGGCCAUGGUGAGAGAGAUGGAAUCCAUAUGUGGUGGACUGACUCAGCCUGUGACCUUCCCUGUCCGGGCGGUGCUGGUUAGACAGUCCUGUCCCCAGUUACUCUGGCUACUAAAGCAAUCAGACAGGUACAGCCUGACUGUUUGGACUGGGAAGGAUGAUAACUAUUCCACUGCAGACUUACUGUACAUUAGGGACUACUUUGAUAAAAAGAAAGUUUUCUAUGACAUUUUGGAACCACAAAACCGUGAAUUUAAACAAGCCAUUGGAAUCACAGUUAAUCUCUAAGAAGAUUCCUCUGAACUGUUUCCUGCUUUGGUUUUAUAACCCUCUCUGCCUUGGCCUGAAUGGAUUGCACAUUGGUUUAUGCCCAGUUCAUCCAGUGAGGAAAUGGACAUCACAUACUUCCUGUUAGAUGUCAGCCCUCCUGAAGCAGAGCUGACCAGGAGGACCCUGAGAAGGGCUUGAGAGGCUGAGUCUAGCCCGCUCCUCAGUGGGGUCAGUGUCGUCUGUCCUGCCCAGCGUAGCCUACCAAGGCUUCUGGGCUUCCAUGAAGUCCUGAGAUGUGAAAUUUCUCGCAUCGAAUAAUCGGUUUUGUGUGGCUAGGAAACCUGCAGUUCUGAAUUCAGACUCCUUUCAGCCCUUCCUCACCAUAGGCCUGGGAAUAUCUCCAGUACCGUAACUGCAGCUCACUUACCAGAAAGGCCUGGUGGUGAGAACUCACUUUUGGACUGGUUGUGAGGGCUGCAUCCAGGACACACGAUAGUGACAUCCGUUUGCGGGCCUGCAUGUUGGCUGACAUGGGUAGUUCCUUCUGGAUAAGUGCCAGGAUUGCAGAUAAUCGCUCCAGCAGUGACAACACAAAGCCUUGUUGCCCCUGAAAAUCCGCCUGGCGUUGAGUGGAGAAUGCUUGUUAGAUACCACCUAAAGCUGUUUUCUGUGGUUGUUUGCCAGAGACCGAAGGGUAAUUUUAUCUUAGAAAAACCUUUCAACAACUGCCAUAAAAAUAAAUGUGAGGAGGUAGCAGGCCCGAGGCAGCCCAGGCUUGCUCCACAGAGCCAGUUUCUCCCGUAUGCUUCACUUUUACUUUUUCAAAGAAACUUUGCCACUGCCUUAAAAAAAAAAAAAAAAAAAGACUUCUGGGAAAAGGGUAGAGCAGUGAGCAGCACAGAGAGCACCUCCCCAAGUCUGGUGUCCAGAGCCUGGACUGCAGCAAUAUAGGAAGGGAAGGAGGAGAGAGGUAGAUCCCGUGGGCACAGGAAGGAUCAGAGCUGAGCGUGAAGCCCAUGGAGAGAGAGAAUUCAGGAAUCAAGCAAAAAAAACCAGGGGCGGUGGCCCUGCCUGGGGGGAGAAGCAGCAGGAACCCCCGCCCCCACCAAUAAGCAGGUGGCCCCAGCACAGGCUGAGAUGCUGGUAAAUGAAGCAGGCAAGCAACCUGACUUGUGUGUGUUGUUUGACUGACUUUGUAAGAGGGCAGUAGUCUGAGCAGAUAUUUAGAGGAUAUUCAAUAUUCAACAUAGUAACAACUGUGGAUUUCCCACUGUCCUAUCACUGUUGUUUUUCAUGUCACUAUUCUGUUUUAUUCUCUUUAAAAUAAAAAAUUUAAAAACAAUUUUAAAACUAUAGUAAACAUACUUGUACAUUUUCUACAAUGACUAUAUAUUACUUCCAUAAAAUGACUUCAGUUAAUAAAUAAAUUGCAUUUCAAUGAAAUUUUAAAUCAAA